AUGUCAUUUUCAUUGUCGGAACCCGUCAAAUCAAAACUUUAUGUUUCACGUUCUACGAUAAAAUCUUCGAAUUCGAGACAUGAGAAAAUCAUUACCGGCCAUCCAUUCAAUCAUCAUUUAGAACUCUUCAUUCCUGCUCCCAUUUCGUCUCAACAAUUGAAACAAUUUUCGAAAGAGAUCUUUUAUUAUAAAGCCGACAUACCACUGUCCUAUUUCCUCGAACGUUCUUUUGUGCAAAAUUAUGUAAGGAGCGGGCGCGUUAUUGCUUUGAGUUUAAGUGAAGGCAUUGAUAUAUCAGAUAUCAUUUCCCUCGACGACACCGGUAAUUAUAGAUGGAAUGUAUUACGAGUGAUGAAACGUGAUGUUGGAACCUUGACACUGAACUUAACCAAAGACACUUAUGAACAACUCGGAUUAACCGGGAAUCCAUCGAAAUUUGGAAGCAAACAACGAUUCGUGGUGAAAGUGGAUUUAUUAGAAAAAUCGAUGAUACCCGGGAAGAAAGGGUUCGAACGUGUUAAAUGGUGUUUUAAUAAUUCGUUGACCGAUCCAUUUUCAUUCCUUAUAUCCUUCACUAAUUUGGACCCACGUGAAUCACAGGAGAUAAAUUUUCCGUCAACUUUCAAUGCAAAGAAAUUGAUGGUUGAUCAGAAAAUCGAAACCCUGAACGAUAUUAUAACCCCCGAAGUGGAUAUUAUCAAGGACACAACGCAGGAAAAGCAGUGGCGAUCCGAUGUGGUGGAAAUUUAUGACUGGAUCGGACUUGUUUCUCUCAAAGCCCAAAGGGUUUUCUCACACGAUCACGUCGACCCAUACAUUUCCGUAUAUUCUUCUCCGGAACCUAAUAAAAGUGGGGAUGGAACAAUUCUACGAUGGACAGGUUUCAUUCCUUCCACUGAGGUUUUGUCCUUAUUUAAACUCGUUUCGGAACUCGAUUUACCUUGGGCAGUGAUCAGCGUAUUUGGGUUUAGAGACUCACCAAUCUCUUGGGACAAGCAAGAACACGGUCAUUUUAUGAGCGGGGAGAAUAACUAUAGUUUUUUGAUUUGGCCAGACGGUACAUAUGUAUUAUAUCAAGCUCUGGGAGCACAUGAUAAUUAUUCGUGA